AGUCUCCCACCUUCUCAAUUCUCAUUCCCUACUCCAACUUCCCCCGAACCAAACAGGCUGGCAUAGUAUACGCAACCACAGCCCACGGGUACCUCCCCGCCGCCCCCAACAGCCGCCAUGGCCUCCGAGGCUCGCAAGACCGCCGCCGCAGCGCGCCCGCCUCCCCGCGACUUCCUCGCCCACCUCGAGGCCUACCUGGCCCGCCGCGACGGUGUCGACAAGCUCCUCAAGAUCUCCCGCUACGCCGCGCGCCUCGCCCUCGCCGCAGGGCCGCUGCCCCCGCCGGCCUCCGCGCGCCUCAAGUCCUUCGAGUCCAGCCUCGGCCUCAGCCGCAAGGCCUUCCGCCUGGGCAAGUUCGUCCAGGACGUCAACGCCCUCCGCGCGCACCCCGGCCCCCUCCCUCCGCCCUUCGUGCUCCUCGCCUACGGCGGCGAGGGCGUCUACUACUUCAUCGAGCAGUUCGUCUGGCUCGCGAAAGCUGGCCUCCUCCCGGCGCACCUCCUCCCCCGCCUCCAGCGUCUCAGCGCCUGGGCCGAGCUGCUGGGCUACGUCGGCUCCAUCACCAUCAAGCUGGAAGAAGUGACGAAGAUGGAGUCUUCAAUCAAGAUGCGGCGGGCGGAGGGUUGUGGGGAGGAGAACCAGGCGGUGACGACGAUGCGGGGGAAGCUGCUGCUGAAGCGUCUGUCCGUUGUGCAGGACGUGGCGGAUGCCUUCAUGGCGCUAGGGGACGUGACUAACGGGAAGGGGUUGCUCGGUAGCUCCACGCUGACGGCGUCCGCCGGAUUGCUGUCGGCGCUGAUCAGCACGCACAAGAACUGGAAUUCUUGCUGAAGUCCCAAGCAAUUCUGCCCCAUGAUUGAUUGCCAUAUAGGCGUUGUCGUUGGUGUUUAAAUCAGCCAACCUGCUGCAUAAGUUUUGCAAAUCGUUGUUCCAGCUGGCCAACUUGGCAUUGUUGGUCCCAAAUGCAGAGAUGCUUCAGGUCCGGCUUUGCUUUAGAUUAUAUGAACUGUUAGAAAUAGUUUCAGAUUGAGAUGAAAGAACCUUACCGCUUUCUUAUCCAAUGGAUCUUGAGAACAAAAAGCUUGUAGUUAGGUAGAUGGCUGUGAAAGCACGUCCUGUGCCCCAGCUCUAUGUAACACGGUCGUGGAGGCAAAGACAUUGUUCAGGUGAUCUGUUUUCAGCCCACUGUUGAGGCCUGAAAACAUAUAGCUGUAAAAGCAUAUUAGUAUCUGCUUAUAUUCUGACAUCAACCGGCUAGGUAUACGAGAAACAGUUUACUACCUCUCAUGAUGGAGUGCCAUAUAUAUAUCGUCCCUGAUGAAACCUGUCAACCAGCUGCAGAAUUUUGGCUAUUUGGUGGUAGUCUACCUCUAGAGGCAGGUUACAAGUGGACAGCUGGGCGCUGCUGCUAAAUGGUUGGGACGCGGCUGUGAUCAGUGAGUGAGCUAGAUCGUGGACUGCUAUAAUUUAUUUUUAUUUUUGCGGGGGUGGACUGCUAUAUUAGUCUUGAAUUGAAUCAAUGAAAGAACAGUGUUACUGUUUUCCUGUCCAGUAGACCUUUGCAGUUAGAUGGCUGUGAAUGCGCAUCAUGUGCUCAGCUCCGUGUAACAUUCCCCCUCUGGAGGGAAUUUUCUGUGUGUUCAGGUGAGCUCUGGCCGUCAUUACAAGGCUAUAGAAUGGGAUUGUGGGAAUCUCAUAAGUCUGGUUGCAUCAGAGAGUAUCUGUCCCUGUCUGCCUCUAUUUGUGUGCAACACAGCCUGUGAAGGAAGACUAGUCACAAUGGGAGUAACUUGACUAGUAACAUCACACAUUUCAAUACAAGAUUGCUUAUGUGGCAGCUAAUUAAUGAGGAGAGAGGGGUUUGUGGUAACUUAACUAGUUACUGUAACAUCACACAUUUUAAGACAUAAUGAGUCUAUAGUCUAAUAAAUGAACUCUUUCAUGAUACCACUCAUAUGUUAC